ACCGCACCGUCAACGCCGGCGGCUGCUUCGAGUGGGUCGACAGCAUGCUGGUCAAGGCUCUGCGGGCCGGCGACUGGCUGCUGGUGGACAACGUCAACUUCUGCCCGGCCUCGGUGCUGGACCGGCUGAAUGCGCUGCUGGAGCCGGGCGGCGUGCUGGAGCUGAGCGAGCGGGGCGUGAUCGAUGGCCUGGUACCCACCGUCCGGCCGCACCCUCACUUCCGGCUGCUGCUGGCCAUGGACCCGCGCCACGGCGAGAUCUCCAGGGCGAUGCGGAACCGCGGCGUCGAGAUCUACAUGCUGGGCCCGGAGGAGGGCGGCGGGCUGAGUGAGCUGGACCUGGCGGCGCUGCUGGCGCGCUGCCACCUGACAGAACCAAGGCUGCAGGCCACGCUCGGCCGGCUCCACGCCGCCGUCCGAAUGGAGACGGCCGGCGCCAGCCGGCCCGGCUUGCUGGACCUGCUCCGCUGUGCCGACCUCGUCAGUCAGCUGGCGGCACGCGGCGUCGACCCGGAGGAGGCGCUGCUCCAGGCCGCCAUGGACACCUACGUCAGGCCGCAGAUGUCGUCAGCUGAGAUUUACCGCAAGUCCGGGACUGAAGUGCGCCUGUAA